CGGCCGCUCAGGUGAUGGGACAGGCGCGGGCACGCCUCUCCGCUGCAGGUAAGGGACACGUGUACGCGCACCAAGCAGCCCCUGGGCAAACUGAACUGUCGCUGCUCGUCCACGUCUGCCGGCGACAACUAAUACAGCAGGACAAGACCCAGUGACUGCAGAACGGCGGAGACCGCACCGAAUCCCCCGGUCACCAUGGCUUUGGCUGAGCUGUACACACAGUAUAACCGGGUUUGGAUCCCAGAUGCAGAAGAAGUGUGGAAAUCGGCGGAGAUUACAAAGGAUUUGAAGAUUGGGGACACAGUGCUUCAUUUAUGCUUGGAAGAUGGCUCUGACCUGAAGUAUGUGAUUGAGAAGGGUCUGCCCCCUCUUAGAAAUCCAGACAUUCUUGUAGGAGAAAAUGACCUCACCGCUCUCAGUUACUUACAUGAACCGGCUGUCCUGCACAACCUCAAGGUGCGAUUCAUGGAAUCCAAACUUAUCUACACCUACAGUGGCAUUAUUCUGGUUGCAAUCAAUCCCUACAAGGAGAUACCGAUAUACGGAGAUGCCAUUAUACAUGCAUAUAGUGGCCAGAAUAUGGGAGACAUGGAUCCACAUAUAUUUGCUGUUGCGGAAGAGGCAUACAAACAGAUGGCUAGGAACAAUAGGAACCAAUCCAUUAUUGUAAGUGGAGAGUCUGGAGCCGGGAAGACAGUGUCUGCAAGAUAUGCCAUGCGCUACUUUGCCACAGUCAGUAAAUCAAGCAGCAAAGCAAAUGUGGAGGAUCGAGUGCUGGCAUCCAAUCCUAUAACUGAGGCCAUUGGAAAUGCAAAAACCACUAGAAAUGAUAACAGCAGCCGAUUUGGAAAAUACACAGAGAUUAGCUUUGACAGGCGAUACCAAAUAAUUGGUGCAAAUCUGAGGACGUACCUUCUUGAGAAAUCCAGGGUCGUGUUUCAGUCUGAUAAUGAGAGAAAUUACCACAUAUUUUACCAGCUCUGUGCAUCUGCCGACCAACCUGAAUUCAAGCACCUCCAUCUGAUGAGUGCCGAUAACUUUAACUACACAUGUAUGGGUGGCUGCACAGUUAUUGACGGAGUCAAUGACAGAAAAGAUAUGAUAGAUACCCAAAAAACCUUUAAGUUACUAGGUUUCAAUGUUGACUUUCAGAUGGAUGUCUUCAAGGUUCUGGCGGCUACCCUGCAUUUAGGAAAUGUACAGAUCAAGCGUGUUAGUGAUGACAGAUCUUCAGUUAGUAGAAACGACAAACACCUGCAGAUAUUUUGUGAGCUCCUGAACCUGGACACGGACAAGAUGGCAAUGUGGCUGUGCAAUAGGAAAAUAGUUACUACAUCAGACACCGUUAUCAAACCCAUGACAAAACUUCAAGCUGAUAAUGGACGGGACGCUCUGGCUAAGAAGAUCUACUCCCAUCUCUUUGACUAUGUGAUUGAAAAAUUAAACAAAGUAUUACAGUUCAAAGGGAAACAGCAUACAUUCAUUGGGGUACUUGAUAUUUAUGGGUUUGAAACCUUUGAAGUCAAUAGUUUUGAACAGUUCUGCAUAAAUUAUGCAAAUGAAAAGCUACAACAACAAUUCAACUUGCAUGUCUUCAAGCUUGAACAAGAGGAAUACAUGAAAGAAGAUAUCCCAUGGACUCUUAUAGAUUUUUAUGACAAUCAAUCUGUCAUUGACCUCAUUGAAGCAAAGAUGGGUAUAUUGGAACUACUAGAUGAAGAAUGUUUGUUACCACAGGGAACAGACGAAAACUGGUUGCAAAAACUGUACAACAACUACAUUCAAAAGAACCCUUUGUUUGAAAAGCCAAGAAUGUCCAACAGAUCAUUUAUUAUCCAACACUUUGCAGAUAAGGUAGAAUACAGAUGUGAUGGAUUUUUGGAGAAAAAUCGUGAUACCGUGUAUGACGUAUUGAUUGACCUGCUAAAAACUAGUAAGUUCCAGCUCUGCGCUAACUUUUUCCAAGACAGUAAAGCAACCACGUCUCCAUACGGAGCAUCUAUAAAGGUGAAAUCUGCAAGGCCAGCGAUCAAGCCAUCAAACAAAGAGUUCAGAAUGACAGUUGGCAGCAAGUUUCGCAGUUCUCUGUGUUUACUCAUGGAGACCCUUAAUGCCACUACUCCUCACUAUGUACGCUGCAUAAAGCCCAAUGAUGAAAAGCUUCCAUUUGAAUUAGACUCCAUCAGAGUUGUCCAGCAGUUACGGGCAUGUGGUGUGUUGGAAACCAUCCGGAUAAGUGCACAAAGCUAUCCCUCCAGGUGGACAUACAUUGAGUUUUUUGGUCGCUACAGCAUCCUCAUGACACAGCAGGAAUUACAAUUGAAUGAUAAGAAACAGAUUUGCAAAGUUGUACUCCAGAGGCUAAUCCAGGAUUCAAACCAGUAUCAAUUUGGAAGGACUAAAAUUUUCUUCAGGGCUGGACAAGUGGCGUACUUAGAAAAAUUAAGGUCUGAUAAGUUGAGAAAUGCCUGUGUUAUGAUCCAGAAGAAUAUUCGGGGCUGGGUUCAGCGGAAGAAAUUUUUGAAAGCAAGAGAGGCAGCAAUCGUCAUUCAGCAGUACUUCAGGGGACAACGGAAAGUAAGGCAAGCAAUAACUGCAACUGCCAUUAAACACACAUGGGCUGCUAUCAUCAUCCAGAAGCACAGCCGAGGUUUCUUGGUCCGUCGCAUUUAUCAGCUUAUUCUAGUAGCUGCGGUGACCAUACAAGCAUUCUCCCGGGGUUGCCUGGCCAGAAAGAGGUUUCGCAAGAUGCGGGAGGAGCAGAAGGCUUUAAUACUGCAGAAGUAUGCUCGUGCUUGGCUGGCUCGGCGCAGGUUCCAGAACAUCCGGCGCUUUGUGGUGAACAUACAGCUUUCUUAUAGGGUACAGCGACUGCAAAAGAAACUUGAAGACCAGAACAAAGAAAACAACGGACUGCUGGAAAGGCUGACUAGUUUAGCAACUACUCAUUCACAUGAUGUUGAUAAACGACAUAAACUGGAAUCAGAGCUGGAAAAAUCUGUCAUGCAGAGGAAGUCACAAGAGGAAAAAGGGAAGAAGUUCAAGGAUGACAGUGAGCAGAAAAUGAGCAAACUACAAUCGCAAAAUACUGACCUUUUGGAGCAGAAACAGAAGUUGGAGGUCAAACUGGAAGAGAAGACUCAGGAAAUGAAGGAUAAAAUGAAUGAACUGACAAACCAACUGUUUUCAGACGUGGAAAAAGAAGAAAAACAAAGAAUUAAGCUUGAAAAACAUUUUGAAAUCCAGAAAAAGGAUUAUGAAAAACAGAUAAAGCAGCUGAAAGAGGAGAUUGAGGCUCUGAAAGAAAAAAACAAGAAACUUGUAAAGCAGAUAGAAGAACAGACAAAAUUCACUGAUGGAUUACAACUGGAGGUGGCUCAGCUGUCCAGCCAGGCAAAGAAAAUACCAGAGUUUGAAACUCAAAUUGAAACACUGGAGACCAAAGUAAAGGAGUCUGACAACCAGGCGCUGACACAGCGGCAAGAAAUGAGGGAAAAGAUGUCUGAAAUGGCUAAACAGCUUUUGGACAGUUUUGAAGUGGAAGAUGUUAAAAACAGACUUGCUCAAGAAGAUUUGGGAAAUAUAAAUGAGGAUGGAGAACUUUGGUUUGCCUAUGAAGGCUUGAAAAAAGCAACUAGAAUACUGGAAAAUCACUACCAGACUCAGAAGGAAGGUUAUGAAAAGGAAAUUGAAUUGUUGAAUUUUAAAGUAAAUCAUUUCAGCGAUGACAUAAAAAAUAUCCAGAAGUCGUUGAAAGACGAGAAAGAAACAAAUGAUGUCCUCAGACAAGAGAUAACAAGGUUGACCUCUGAUAACAAGGUUAUAGCGUCUCUAAGUGCACAGAUUUCUGAUCUUGAGAAACAAAAUAUGGAUCUUCAGGGCUGUCUUUAUGAACAGAGUAUGAAAAUGCCAGACAAAGGAGAGAAAAUACCUAACCACAAGUAUAACUAUCUGGAAGAGGAAGAAAUCUCACAGAAACCCCCGAAGAGGCAGACAAGACUGCGCGAGAAGGAAGUACUAAAUGGCGCAACCCAACACGUUCAGGAGAACAAUAUUCUUUUGAAGGAACACAGUGAUAUCGACAGCCAGGACUUUGAGGAACAAGUAGAUAAAAAGGACAGAAUUAUCAAGAAACUGCAAGAUCAGAUCAAAGCUCUGACAAAAACCAUGGAUACAGAGAACCAAACCAAUAUCUCAAGUGUUUUUAAGGAUUAUUUGGGAAUGCUGGAGUUUAUACCAGAAGAUGAGUCAAAACUCAUCGGCAAUCUAAUCCUGGAUCUCAAACCACGAGGUGUUGUAGUGAAUAUGAUCCCAGGUCUGCCAGCUCACAUCCUCUUUAUGUGUGUUAGAUACACAGAUUACAUUAAUGAAGCAGACAGAAUCAAAUCUCUAAUGAAUGCCUCCAUUAAUGGCAUUAAACAAGUUAUAAAGGAACAUGUGGAUGACUUUGAAAUGUUGUCAUUCUGGCUUUCCAACGUCCACCAUAUCCUCAACUGUUUAAAACAGUACAGUGGAGAAGAGGAGUUCAUGAAGUAUAAUCUGCCGCUUCAAAACAAAAACUGUCUGAAGAACUUUGAUUUAUCGGAAUAUAGGCAAAUCAUCAGUGACUUGGCCAUUCGUAUCUACCAUCAGUUUAUUACAGUGAUGGAGAAUAACAUCCAGCCAAUGAUUGUGCCCGGCAUGUUGGAAUAUGAAAGUCUGCAUGGAAUAUCAGUUGCAAAACCUACAGGAUUCCGCAAACGCUCAUCAAGUAUAGACGACACAGAUGCUUAUACUAUGACUUCAAUACUCCAGCAGAUGAGUUAUUUCUACACUACCAUGUGUCAGCAUGGCAUGGACCCUGAGCUCCAGAAACAGGCAGUGAAGCAACUGUUCUUCCUGAUUUCCACCGUCACACUCAAUAGUCUUUUCCUGCGCAAGGAUAUGUGCUCCUGUAGAAAAGGAAUGCAGAUAAGAUGCAAUAUAAGCUAUCUGGAAGAAUGGCUGCAAGGAAAGAAUCUGCAGGGAAGUGCUGCCAAGGAAACUCUGGAACCUCUAUCCCAGGCUGCAUGGUUAUUGCAGGUUAAGAAAAUCAAAGAUGAAGAUGCUAAAGAGAUAUGUGAGCGCUGUACUGCACUGUCCACAGUCCAGGUUGUGAAGAUCCUGAACUCUUACACUCCAAUUGAUGAUUUUGAGAAACGAGUAACACCCUCAUUUGUUCGCAAAGUUCAGUCCAUGCUAAGCAAUCGCGAAGAUGGUUCACAGUUAAUGCUGGAUAGCAAAUAUCUCUUCCAAGUGACAUUCCCAUUCAGCCCAUCUCCACAUGCACUGGAGAUGAUCCAAAUUCCCAGCAGCCUCAAGCUUGGCUUCCUAAAGAGGAUCUAGGAUAUAAACAGACUGCGUGUCCUCUAAUCACAACACGUACUCACGGGAAUGUAUCUGUGGAUGAAUGGUGCACUAUUUUGUCUCUAAGUACAAUUAUUUUUAAUGUUGGAUUGUGUUACUAGUGUAUUUGUGUCUCUCUGUCUCAAGGAUUUUUAGUCAUUAUUUAAAAAAAUGAAGGAUUAUCUAUGAAAGUAGCAUGUUCUAGUAGAUAUAUAUUAUUUCAUUUUUAAGCUGUAUUUAGGAAAUUGAGAAGACAACAGUGCCACAUUACAUUAUAUGAGAGUUACUAGGUUAAAUAUUAACGGUCAGCCAUUACAGACAUAUUAUUUAUAAUGGACAAACUACCUGCAGUUUUCUUUUCUCUCUUCUAUUCUUCUUGAUUAUGAGAGAGGAUGGCUACCUGUAGAAAUACAUAAUUAGUAGCAUCCAAUAAGGUUUUAGAUUUCCUUUGACUCAACUCACUGGACUGUUAAAAAGCGUAUAUCUGAUUGGUUGAUACCAGAAACAUUCACAACAUUGUUUUUUGCACCAUAUGGUGAUUUUUUAUUUAGUAUGAUAUUACUAUGACACAUUUAAUGAAAAGGUUCUAUUCAAUAACAUCUGAAGUAUAGAAACAUCUGUAGCCAAAACUGCAAAAUUAACCAAUUAGUUACUUCAUUCAA